CCGGCCGAGGGGCACCGCGUCCGGCUCCUGCCGGGCUACCCCGGGGUGAGGCACCACCCUCCGGCUCCCCGCCUCGCCAAAGGCUGCGCCUGCCGCCAAUGCCUGAAGCAGCCCGGCUCCUCCGACUGGUUUGACCGCCACUACAACAACAACGUCCUGCCCGUGUGGAUGGAGGAGAAUCGGGUGUUGUCGGCGGACGUCCAUCGCUGGUGGAUGAUGCUGCAGCCGCAGUUCAGGUUUCUGAACACGUCGGAGGUCUUGUCGCAGCUCUUCCAGAUCAUUCCCCGGCAGAACCCGUACAAGCAGAACAACUCGCUGGUGUGCCGCCGCUGCGCCGUGGUCGGUAAUUCGGGAAACCUGCGCGGUUCCGGCUACGGGAAGGACAUCGACGGCCACGACUUCAUCAUGAGGAUAAACCAGGCCCCGACCCUCGGCUACGAGAGAGACGUCGGCUGCAAGACCACUCACCACUUCAUGUACCCCGAGAGCGCCAAGAACCUUCCAGCCAACGUCAGCUUCGUCCUCAUCCCCUUCAAAGCUCUGGACCUGAUGUGGAUCACCAGUGCCCUCUCCACGGGGCAAAUCCGCUUCACGUACGCCCCGGUGAAGGCCUUCCUCCGCGUGGAUAAGGAUAAGGUUCAGAUCUUCAAUCCGGCUUUCUUCAAAUACAUCCACGACCACUGGACGGAACAUCAUGGCCGCUACCCCUCCACCGGCAUGCUGGUCCUCUUCUUCGCCCUCCAUGUCUGCGACGAGGUGAACGUUUUUGGUUUCGGCGCGGACAGUUGA